CUCAAGGAAAAGUUUCCUGGCUUUACUGUCAGCACUGCAGUAUUACAAAAGCAUAUCAAAGCUCAGUGUUCUUUUUUUUUGCGACGAAUUGAAAGACUUGAUGCAUUAGCUAGUCGAACAGACAUGGACACCAUGAGCGUGGUGAGCGAUUGGAUUGAUAGUAGAGAUAUUGAUUUCUUCAGUAACACAGUUUUUGUCGGUCAAGCCACCUUCAACAAAGGUGACGGGAAGAACAUGGACGAUGAGGAAGCUGACAAAGGAGCGGGUGUUUAUCAGCCAUCCACCUCGAGAGGUACCGUUAUCACCCUCUUCGGUGCUAUUAGUCCUCAAGGUCUAAUUGAUGUCAACAUUCAAAAGCCACAAUUAUCAGACGCAUAUGAUACAUAUCACCAUCAACAAUUCCAGAACCUUCCGCACGUUAAGCAAUUGAUACGUGGUUGUUAUAUAGUCAUGGACGAAUCGAUGGUGAUUUGUCCUCAUUUCUUCAAGACGGUCAUUGUUGAUGGCGGGUUCCGUUGUGCUUUCUAUCCAAAUAUGGCCAACGUUGCGGACCCAAUGGAAAGAUUUUGGGCCAGAACUCGUACAAAUUUGGACAGAUCG